AUGUUGUCUCGUCUUUACUAUCUUGUAUAUGUUUUUAUUCUUCAGCUGGCUUGUUAUCUCCAUCCCAAAUACAAGUCUACCAAAUCCAAAACAUACACCAAGAAUGGAAAGCCGUGUACAAUAACUUAUGGGUCGGGGUCGAUCUCUGGCUUCUUUAGUGAAGACAAUGUGAAAGUUGGUGAUCUUGUUGUGAAGAAUCAGGAGUUUAUCGAAGCUACACGCGAAGGGAGUCUCUCUUUUGUCCUAGCGAAGUUCGAUGGUCUCCUCGGGUUAGGAUUUCAGGAGAUUUCAGUCGGAAAUGCGGUUCCAGUUUGGUACAACAUGGUUGAUCAAGGACUAGUGAGUGAAAAGGUUUUCUCAUUCUGGCUUAACCGUGAUACGGAAGCUGAUGUUGGUGGUGAGAUUGUGUUUGGCGGUGUUGAUCCAGCCCACUUCAAAGGCAACCACACCUAUGUCCCUGUCACUAGAAAAGGCUAUUGGCAGUUUAACAUGGGCGAUAUCUAUCUCGAUAACAACUCAACUGGUUUUUGUGAGCAAGGUUGUGCUGCAAUUAUGGACUCAGGAACUUCACUACUUGCUGGACCAACUACCGUGAUCGCGCAAAUUAACCACGCAAUUGGCGCUGAGGGCGUUGUAAGCGCGGAGUGUAAGGAAGUUGUUUCUCAAUAUGGAGAAAUGAUAUGGGAUUUGUUAGUAUCUAAGGUUCUGCCUCGUCAAGUAUGUAAAGAGCUCGGUCUCUGCGUUUUCGGACAAGAGAAUGGAAUAAAAACAGUGGUGGAGAAAGAAAGAUCAUCAGUUCUAUGUGAAGUUUGUGAGAUGGCUGUUAUUUGGGCUCAAACAAAACUGAAGCUGAAUGAAACCAAAGAGAAAGCGUUUGAAUACGUGAACCAGCUUUGUGAAAGCCUUCCCAGUCCCGCAGGCGAGUCAAUGAUCGAUUGCAAUAACAUCGAAAAUAUGCCAAAUGUUACAUUCACAAUUGGAGGCAAACCCUUCUCCCUCACACCUCAACAGUACAUACUCAAAACUGGAGUAGGCUAUACCGAGACGUGCAUUAGCGGGUUUUCGGCUUUUGAUUUGCCUCCACCAACUGGUCCUCUCUGGAUUCUUGGGGAUGUCUUCAUGGGAGCUUACCACACCGUAUUCGAUUCAGGAAAUCUUCAAAUCGGAAUCGCAGAAGCUACAUAAACUUAUGUACAUCAGUUUAUUUACCUAUGGU